UCCAGAUGAAUUGGAUCAAGCCAAGGAUGUUAUCCUAAAAGUGGCCCAACAGUCAGCCUUUGCAAAUGAACUUUCAGCCCUUAGAACUAACAAAUCAAUACCCAUCAGCAGCCCUUUGGGGAAGCUCAAUCCAACCCUGGAGAACAACCUUAUCAUUGUUGGAGGUCGACUUAAGUACUCCAACCUCACCCCUGUGGAAAAGAACCCAAUAAUCUUACCAAAAGACAGCCACAUCUCCCUACUGCUUACACGCUAUCACCAUGAAAGGGUGAAACACCAAGGUCGACACCUGACAGAAGGUGCUAUCAGGGCUGCUGGUCUGUGGAUUUUGGGACGCAAGCAACUUAUCAAUUCAGUACUCCACAAAUGUGUGACCUGCCGCAAAUUGCGUGGGAAACAGCAAGAACAACGCAUGGCAGAUCUUCCACCUGAACGCCUCAAAGUCUGCCCUCCCUUUACGUAUGUGGGACUUGAUGUCUUUGGUCCAUGGUCCGUUACUACCAGACGCACCAGGGGAGGACAAGCAGAAAGCAAGAGGUGGGCCAUUAUGUUCAGCUGUAUGAGUUCACGAGCAGUCCACAUCGAGGUCAUAGAGUCCAUGGACACAUCUAGUUGCAUUAACGCACUCAGACGCUUCUUCGCACUUCGAGGCCCUGCAAAACAGCUAAAAUCUGACUGUGGCACCAAUUUCAUUGGCACGAGCAAGGAGCUUGGUAUGGACAAAACUAUGCAAAGGUACCUCAGUGAGCAAGGAUGCACCUGGGAAUUCAACCCACCACACGCCUCUCAUAUGGGAGGCUCCUGGGAGAGAAUGAUUGGCAUUGCCAGAAGAAUCCUUGACUCAAUGCUCCUACAGCAGAACACACAACUAACUCAUGAAGUACUGUGCACCCUGAUGGCAGAGGUUACAGCCAUUAUAAAUGCACGGCCACUUACUCCUGUGUCUUCAGAUCCAGAGAACCCCUUCAUUCUCUCACCAUCAAUGCUCCUCACACAGAAAGUGGGAGUUUCUCCUCCUCUUGGGAAUUUCUCAGACAAGGACUUGUACACUAAGCAAUGGAGACAAGUUCAGGCCCUUGCAAACCAGUUUUGGACCCGCUGGAGAAAGGAGUACUUACACUUAUUGCAACUAAGACAGAAAUGGACGGCAGUUCGCAGAAACCUUCAAGUUGGAGAUCUGGUUCUACUCAGGGACAAGCAGACUGCCCGCAACUGCUGGCCAAUGGCCAGAAUUACUGCCACAUUCCCUGGAAAUGAUGGACAUGUCAGGAAGGUUGAGUUGAAGAUAACUGACCAAGGAAAUCCAAAGACCUUCCUGAGACCUUUAGGAGAAGUUGUUCUACUUUUACCUAAGGACUGAAGUAAAAACUGAGUUUGUAUUCCCAUGUUCUUAGUGACCUCACAUAGGUCAGGCGGGGAGUGUGUUGCCUCUAAGGCAUUUGUUU